ACUGCUGCCGCUGUCGCUUCGGGUUGCGGGAUGACGCCUCCUCCUCCCGGACGUGCAGCCCCCAGCGCACCGCGCACCCGCGUCUCCAGCCCGCCGGCCCCGGGCGGGCUCCUGCUGCGGCUCCUGCUGCAGCUGUGCGCGGCUGCCGCCGCCGCCCAGGGCCACCCGAGGAGCGGACCCCGCAUCUCCGCCAUCUGGAGAGGCCGCACAGGGCAGGACCGGCUGGACUUUGGCCAGGCCGAGCCACACACAGUGCUUUUCCAUGAGCCUGGGAGCCCCUCCGUCUGGGUGGGUGGACGAGGCAAGGUCUACCGAUUCGACUUCCCCGAGGGCAAGAACGCAUCUGUGCACACGGUGAACAUCAGCUCCACGAAGGGGUCUUGCGAGGAUAAGCAGAAGGACUGUGAGAACUACAUCACGCUCCUGGAGAGGCGGAGUGAGGGGCUCCUGGCAUGUGGCACCAACGCCCGGCGGCCCAGCUGCUGGAACCUGGUGAAUGACACUGUGGUGCCACUUGGUGAGAUGAGAGGCUAUGCCCCCUUCAGCCCAGAUGAGAACUCCCUGGUUCUGUUUGAAGGGGAUGAGGUAUACUCUACCAUCCGGAAGCAAGAAUACAAUGGGAAGAUUCCCCGAUUCCGCCGCAUCCGGGGCGAGAGUGAGCUAUACACUAGUGAUACCGUUAUGCAGAACCCGCAGUUCAUCAAGGCCACCAUCGUGCACCAAGACCAGGCCUAUGAUGACAAGAUCUAUUACUUCUUUCGGGAGGAUAAUCCUGACAAGAAUCCUGAGUCUCCUCUCAAUGUGUCCCGUGUUGCCCAGCUGUGCAGGGGGGACCAGGGUGGUGAGAGCUCCCUGUCGGUCUCCAAGUGGAACACCUUCCUGAAAGCCAUGCUGGUGUGCAGCGAUGCCACCACCAACAAGAACUUCAACCGGCUACAGGAUGUCUUCCUGCUCCCUCACCCCAGUGGCAACUGGAAGGACACCAGGGUCUAUGGCGUUUUCUCCAACCCAUGGAACUACUCUGCUGUCUGCGUGUAUUCCCUUGGCGACAUUGACAGGGUCUUUCGUACCUCCUCCCUUAAGGGCUACCACGUAGGCCUUCCCAACCCUCGGCCUGGCAAGUGCCUCCCAAACCAGAAGCCCAUACCCACGGAGACCUUCCAGGUGGCUGACAGUCACCCUGAGGUGGCCCAGAGGGUAGAGCCCAUGGGACCACUGAAGACACCAUUGUUCCACUCUAAGUACCACUACCAGAAAGUAGUCGUCCACCGCAUGCAAACCAGACACGAGGAAACCUUCCAUGUGCUCUACCUAACCACAGACAGGGGCACCAUCCACAAGGUGGUGGAGUCAGGAGAACAAGAACACGGCCUUGCCUUCAACAUCAUGGAGAUCCAGCCCUUUCAUCGUGCAGCUGCCAUCCAGGGCAUCUCGCUGGAUGCUGAACGGCGGAAGCUGUAUGUGACUUCACAGUGGGAAGUGAGCCAGGUGCCUCUGGACCUGUGUGACGUGUAUGGUGGGGGCUGCCAUGGCUGUCUCAUGUCCCGAGACCCCUACUGCGGCUGGGACCAGGACCACUGUGUGUCCAUCUACAGCCGCCCAUGGCAAGUGCUGCAAUCCAUUAAUCCAGCUGAGCCACAUAAAGAGUGUCCCAACCCCAAACCAGAUGAGGCUCCUCUGCAGAAGGUUUCCCUGGCCCGGAAUUCUCGCUACUACCUGAGCUGCCCUAUGGAGUCCCGUCAUGCUACCUACUCUUGGCGCCAUGAGCAAAACGUGGAGCAGAGCUGUGAGCCUGGGCACCAGAGCCCCAACUGCAUCCUGUUCAUUGAGAACCUUACGGCCCGCCAGUAUGGCCACUACCGCUGUGAGGCCCGAGAGGGCUCCUACCUCCGCGAAGCCCAGCACUGGGAGCUGCUACCUGAGGACCGUGCGCUGGCUGAGCACCUGUUGGGUGGCGCUAGUGUCCUAGACAUCUCCUUCUGGCUGAGAGUCCUGCCCACACUCACAUUGGGCCUGCUGGUCCACUAGGGGCACUGGAGAAGCCACAAACGCAGAGCCACCUGGCCCCCGGAGCUCCGUGCCGUUAUACCUUCCAAAGGGACCUAAUAACCUAAUGGGGAACAAAAGGCCCGGAGAUGUCCAGCCGCAGGCGGCUGCUAGACCCCAGGUGGGUGGGAGGUGCUCACUGUGAAGCUGGGGCAUCCGUGACCAAGACUCCGUCUUCCGGAGAAUAUUUUCCAAAAACUCCUCAUGCUGGACUCAAUGUAGUGAUGUUCCCAGCCCCAGACCCUAUGGGUCCUGGAAAGGGAGCUAAGGCCCUGUCUCUGGACCUCGAGGCUAAGACUGGGUCCUCCUGGAUUCUGUACCCACUGUCUCCUUCCCACUUGCCCUCCCCACAGUCAGGGCCAUUGGUGCGCUGGCUGGCCCUGCCCUGCAGCUCCCUUGCCUCUGCCGGGGGUUCCCCGGACAGCCGCCUUGCAUGUUUAUCGAAGGAUGUUUGCUUUCCGGACGGGAGGACGGGAAAAGCUCUAUAUUUAUGUUAGGCUUAUUUCAUGUAUAGCUACUUCCGACUGCAUCUGUAUGAAAAUACCAAAACUACAUGCUGGGGGGGAGAGGGAGGGGCUGGGAAGGGUGCGGGUGGGGCUGAUCCCCAUCUACGGCUCCCUGGGGUGGGAUGAGAGGCCAGGGAAGGACAGGCAUGGGUUUGCAGACAGUGGCAUGAGCUGGCUCUGCCCAGGGAGCCCAGUCUGGGGGCAUGAGCCCCCAGGGUGGGGGUGCUGAUGGGAGGGGGUGGGUGAGGAAAAUGGGGGAAUGAAGGAAAAACAGCCCUAGGUUCACCAAGUCCAUUCAGAGGGAGGAGCCGGGUCCUUAGGGGGAGAUUCUAGGACUCUGCCCUUGGCGUUGGGGGUUGGGGGGCAGGGAGUCUGCUCCCUUCCCCUCAGCCCCCUUCCCCAGGGGCUGUGCUUCCAUGCUCCUAGCCUCCUACCUUCAGCUCAGGACAAGUCCUAACUUAGGCUAAACUGUGAAACUUCCAGUGGGGGUCCCACCCCCAGUCCAUGGAUUUCAGCAAAGAGCUGGGCCCUCCUCCAGCACGUCUGGGGCAGGGCCUGGGGCCGGUGGCCUUCCAGCUUCCGCCCCUGCUUCUCUACUCAAUGCACUUUAAUAAUGUAACAUACUACUAAUAAACAAGCUAUUUAUUUA